AUGACCAUCUAUCAAGACAACGCACCCCACGUCGUGGGGGCGGUGGUCAGCCUUAUGAUCCUUGGGCUUUCGAGUUUCGCCCUGCGAGUCUAUGUUCGGCAGGGCCAGAAGACAUGGGGAGCCGAGGACUCUGUCAUGGCCGUGGGUGUGUUGCCCUUCAUUGUGCUUUCGAUUGCCUGCAUUCUCGGAGGCGUGAAUGGGAUUGGAGUCACCGAUGCACAUAUUGCAGCAGCGACAGACGCCGACUAUGAGAAGCUGGGCAUGAUGUACUUUUUCCUCUUUGAGGUCUUUUACUGCGCUUCCAUCAUCCCGGUCAAGCUGUCCAUCUCUUUGAUGCUGAUCCGAAUCGCCCAAAACCAAAAACCAUACAUCUGGGGCUCGUGGGCAAUGAUGAUGUUGUUCUUCCUCGCCGACGGAGGUGCGCUGUUCUACAUCAUCUUCCAGUGCGCACCUGUCUCAUACGCCUGGAACACCGAUCAAAAAGGCUCCUGUCUGCCAGCGUCGUGGCUUGCUGAUGUAUAUUACAUGUGUACCGCCGUCAAUAUCGUUACAGACUGGACGACUGCUCUUCUGCCCAUCCCUCUCCUGUGGCACGUCAGGCUCGAGCGCAGCGAGAAGCUUUCUGUGGCUGCGAUUCUCGGUCUUGGUAUUUUUGCGAGUCUUGCAGCUUGCAUCAGAUUGAACUAUACUAUCAACCUCACCUCAUCCGAAAACUAUCUCUACGAAGUGUCCAACAUCGUGAUUUGGGGUUAUCUGGAGCCAGCAGUCGGCCUGUUUGUCGGCUGUAUCGCCACACUCCGACCACUCUUCAGGAGACUC